AUGUUAAAAAAAUCAUCAAGAUCUGGUUCACAUUUUUCUGAUAGCGGCAGAAAUCCCGAAAAUCUCACUUUACCUGAUAACAUGGAUAUAGAAUUACUACCGAUUGUUAAAGAUUUAUGUCGUGAAGCUAUUAAUCGUGAAUCUAACCAAAAAAUUAUUCAUGAUUCAAUAGAUAAUCAAAGACCUAAAAAAAAAUUAUCAAAAAAAGUUUCUCUUAAUAAUUUAAUUUCAAAAUUUCAUCAUCAUCACCCAUCAAAUGAACCGAAAUUAUCAAAGACUUUUAAUAAAUCAUCUGUGAGUCCUAUUAUACCUUAUGAAACUCCUCAAAAUUUUAAUAAGUCGACUUUAGAUUCUAUACCUUAUGAAGCUCCUCAAAAUUUUAAUGAGCCUACUUUGGGUUCUAUUCCUUAUGAAGCUUCUCAGACUUCUAAUAAGACAACUUUGAAUUCUAUUUCUCAUGAAGCUUCUGAGACUUUUGAUCAAUCAACUUUGGAUGAUCCUAUCCCUCAUGAAGCUCCUCAAACUUUUGAUCAAUCAACUUUGGAUGAUUAUAUUCCUUAUGAAGCUCCUCAAACUAGUGCUGAAGUAAAUACCCAGAAAAUUAUUUCUGAUAGGUCUCCUCUAAAAUCUAUUCCUCCUACUUCUCAAGUUCAAGAUAAUCAAUAUUAUAUGCCUCCACCAAACAAAAAAAUUAUUGGUGAUGGUAAUAGGAUAAAAGUCAAAACUUCUUCUGGUAAAAUUUAUGAGGUAGAUAGAUGGUGUCCACAUGCUAAAACUGACCUUAAUGCCCGGGGCGUAGUAAUAGGUUCAAAACUUUUUUGUGUUAAGCAUAAAUGGGCCUUUGAUUUAGAAAAUGCACUUGAGAAACCGUUUGCAAUUUGUGCAUCACGUGUAUUAACGUUUACUACAAGUUAUUUUUGGAUAAGUCCCGUUACACGAACAAAAAACGUAGCGCAGAGCUCAUAG